UUUGAACCAAAGAGAGUUCAUGGCAGUAUAAUCUGAAUAUGUGGGAAGGAAGUUACUAUCGAAAAACCACAUCCUUAGGUUACACCUACAUGUGCGAAAAAUUUCCUGAGUCGUCAGUUCGCGCGUCGUGAUGAACGUGUUCGGUUCAGCCAACUCCCCGAAUUUUUGUCUCCAAAUUACUCUAAUUUUUAAGCAAUGCCUUCCGGUACGUAUCACGUAGCUCAAUGCGAGGAGAGUCAGUUCGAAGGGAACGACGUGCCAUCUGAUCAAGCAAAUCCAAAAAAAAUCAAUGAUCGAUCCUUCAAGAAUUGCAGAAUUUUUUUGCUCGCGUUCGCUCUGUUAGUGAUCCUAAUAAUUGCUAUUUCCUGGCCUUUCGGACGAGCUUCACAUCAAGGAGCUGCUGAGGAUCUCUCGAAUGCGACUGAGCAAUACAGAGGAUCUCCAGUGCCUUCAAUUGCCACAACGAACGCAGACGUUGAAGUUAUUUCAUCUGUGACUCCAGGAGCUGCAAAAAAUUCGUCUCGAUUGGAGUAUCGUGACUUCCCAACUGAAACUACAUCUUCAGGUUUCACUAUUGACUCUGAGACAACAGAAACCCAAAGUAGUGAUAGUCCAUCACCUCCUGGCGAUGAUUUCACGUCUUCCACAACCGAAGAUAAUCGAAGUCCUGAAACUACAACAGACGAUCAAUCGAACUCUCCAAUUUGGAAACCAUUGUUCCCUCAUUUCUUGACGACCACAGAACGUUAUCAGGAACAAUCAACACCUCCACCAGAAGAACCAACAACUGCUGCGAGCGAAUUCGAUUUCGAAGGAUUAUAUUCAACCACUGAUGUCUCUGCAUCAUCGAAUCCUCAAGGAUCUUCCACCGAGAUAGACUUCCAAACUCCUUCAGACUCUUCCCCGAGAACACCAGCAGUAGCGACGUCUCCAGACACCGAAGACUUCACGUCCUUGAAGAGAUUGCUGGUUGCGAGCUACUUUGGUAACGAUUCAUCAUCGACAGAAGAUCCCUCCAAUGACAAUUGGCUCGACAAUCUCGAUGAGAAAGUUUCUACUCAAGGUUUGACGUCAUCAGAAGCCCAAAGAGACUUUGACACGACUACUUCCUCGACUGGAGAACCCCAGGACACCACCGAUCAGCCAAGGGAGCUCUCCAGACAAGAGUCAAGACGUAUGGAUCGUUUGGAACCCGUAGACGAAGCUUUCACUGGUAAAUCCAGACAGGAAUUCAGUAAAAUUCUGUCCUGGAUGAACCAUUCAGCAGAUCCUUGCGAGGACUUCUACGAAUAUUCCUGCGGAGGUCUCGAGGCCGAUCCUGAGAUGAUAAUUGUUGAUGCAGAGCAAAGAGCACUGGCGAUCAUCAAAAAACAGAUGAUGAAGGAGGAAGAACAACAAUCCCGGUUCUAUGAAUAUUACAAAACUUGUGUGGAUUAUAAAAAAAACGAGAGCGAAAAACUAUCAAAAUUUAUCGAGAAAGCAAUGAAAGUCCAUAAAGAGAUGAGGGAGAAAGUUGAAGAAGGAAAGGAACAGUCCUACCUGAUGUUAAUCCUAUAUUUAUUUAUGACAUCUCACCGCUCAUUCCUAUUGGAUAUAACUCCAGAUGUCGAUGACUCUGAUCCCCAAAAGUUUAUCCUGAGCAUUGGCCCAUCAUUGCCGAGUCCUUUACCGUCCAUUUUCAGAAAUAAUUCCUGUGAUCCGUCAAACACCGAGGAAGGAACCGUUGAUCUCGAUGAAAUGUACGAAAAUUAUAGAUCAUGCAGGAAUAAUACAAGCGAGCUGGUGGAUGCCUCAAUGGAAAUAUCCAAUGGAGACCUUCCUCUUGACUUCAUCAGAAGUCUCUUAUCAGAUUUUCCUUCAGAGAAUGAAAUACGGGAAGCACACAGAUCGAGAAAUUACACUGUAUUAACCGUCGGCGAUCUUGUUAAGCAAUCUACCUACGUAAACUACUCGCAAUUAUUGACUAUCAGCCACGACACUAAGAUACAAGUUUACUUCAAAGAUAAUUUAUUUCGCAUUAUGAGGAAAAUCGAUGACUACGGACUGUAUAAUUCUUCACAGCUGCUAGCAGUGGUUUCCGGGAUUGUUCAUGGGAGUUUAUUUGACUGGAUGAAAAAAGCGAACUUUUCGCAAGAUUGGGAAGCCGACUGUCUGCGAAUCGCCACGAAGGUUCUGCCAAGUCAUGCAUCUAAGCUCUACAUGUCGUCAUUCACAGAAGAUGAAUUAAAUACAUUGCAAUCUAAGGUUUCAGAUAUUUUUAAUGAACUCAAGCGCACGUUGAGGUCGAAAUUCGAAGGGAUUGACUGGGUUUCGAACGAGGGUCGAGAGUAUUUGCUGAAGAAAUUGGAUGCUAUUAAAAUAUCUCUCCCACAGGUUUCUUAUUUCGAAGAAAUAAAUCGGGCCCCACUAAUAGAUGAUAUCUUUCCCAGCGACUGGAGUUACAUAGCGAAAGAGGAAUCUUAUGGGAUUCUAAAUAACAGCCCCCACGAUCCUAAAUCCCUUUGGAGGAGCUUUGCAACGGCGUUUCAACCCCUGCCACGAGCCCUCCACGCCCUCAACACAAUUCUCGUCCCCCUAGGUGCCCUAGGACCCCUGAAAUCCGUCGAAAAAACUGGAAAAUACAAUUACGCGACACUGUCGAGUGUCGGUACCCUCCUGGCGCACGAGAUAUCAAGCUAUUUCGAUGUCAAUGGUAUACAGUAUUGGAAUGACACCCGACACUCUGACUUUCCUAUUCUGGAUGAUUCCAAUUUCACUAUGAUACAUUAUCAAAACUACAUCACAUGCCAAAGGGAUGAGAUCUUUCGGUAUCCAAUUGAAAUAAUAAUUCCUGGGACUAAUCAGCUAGUGAAACUGAAGAUCCCCCCACACACGCUAAAUGAGAGACUGUCUGACGCUGCGGGAGUGAGAUUGGCUCACGAUACUUUGGACAGAUUGGGUCUGAAUCAAGUUAAACCCAUCCCUUGGUUUGACUUGAACGCCGAUCAAUUAUUCUACAUCACAUGGGCCCAGACACAUUGUACAAAGGCACCGCUCACUGCCUCCUCCAUCUCGUUGCACGAGGAUCCCCAGCUACCGGGUAGACUGCGAGUUUACGCCGCUGCGAUGAGUAACAGAAGGAUUGGUGAGGUAUUCAAGUGUGCUGAAGGCUCUCAACUGCUAACGCCCUUCUCCUGCGGGGUAUUUCCAUACCUCGAGGUCCCCAUACCCGCAGCUCGAUAAUUCCACGCUCCACAUGAACUAUUUUUAAGGCCUGACUCUCCCCUGGAUGACCACCAGCCUGAGAACCUUCUCCUAAUUCAUCAUUCAGCUUUUUACUCUCCUCCUUGUGAUUUCAUGGCAUUUCGUCAGGUGCUUUGCAAACAUUGGAGGUAUAUCAUUGAUCAGGUGGCACGACUAGAAUAUUCUGAUGAGUUCGACAGCCCGAUGCGAUUACAGUUCCUUUUUUCCUGAGUCAGAAGCCUCCACACAGUUGCCUUCAACGUCAUCCAAUUGUUCUAGAAUUUUUAAUACCUCAUUUGUUAAAGGGAGAAUCGAGUUGACAUUAUGACGUGAGCGCGAAGUAUCGAUUAUUCAUAAUAUGGCAUUAUGUUUUUGUUAAGGUAAUACAAAGAAUAAAUUUCCGAUUCCCAAAAAAAAAGACGUGUCAUCGAUUUUUAAAUUAUAAAAUCGAUACUGUCAAAGGAUCUCGAGUUAUUGAACUACACGAAAACCUCGAGUGCACUUCUAUCACUGGGCUUGUUAAUUAAUAAAGCUUCAGUUCUAGGUUCAAUGCUAACGGUAAUUAGUUUCUUGUAGGAUCACUGAAACAUACCGUCACAUGUAGAUGUUUCAAUGCGACACUUGUCCUGUUGGGUCGGUGGGUUUUGCUUUUCCGUCUGGAAAUGAAAUAUUUGCAUGCACAGAGCAAAAACAAAAAAGUUAGUUACCAAAAAAAAAUUGAUAUUAUUCAGCAGUGAAGUUUUUUCCAAAUUUAAUCACUUCACACCUGAAUUUAAUAUCAAAUCAAACUGAUAUCAAACUAAACUCAACAAAACGGAAAAAUCAAUUCAAAAAUCUCAUAAAAAAACGAUAAAAACUGUAAUUCAAUAGAAGUAACCGUUGAGUUCAUGUUUUAUCACCAGUUAUUGACGUGUUAAAGCAAACCAAACUGGCUUUAGUGGAUACCUCGAAGUAUUUAUGCCAGAGAACGCAACCGUAGACACACAGGACUGAUAUCAAAGACUGACAGAGUAGCCACACGAUGAUGUUGACAGCCUGAGUCCUCUCGAAGAGUUCAGCACCAUGUCUGAUGCAAAGUAGCGCCUCAGUGACCAUUAUUGCACCAUAGACCCAACACUGGGUACCAACUCGACUGCAUGUAGGGUCUGUGACGUACAUAUAAUAUUGUCUGCAAGGGGAUAAAUCAUUUUUAGGCAACGAAUACUGCACUACGAAAGCAAUAUUCAAUUAUCGAGGAAAGUAUUUAGCUCUACGUUGUGAUAAUGUAAUCACUGAGGAAGGAAUUACCUGACUGAAGGCGCUACGAUAACGCCAACGAGGAAUAAUCUGGAGAUAACGAACGGAUGUGACGGUGGAAAUUCGUAAACGUGUUUAAGAAAAAACGUGUUCAACUCAGAGACCUGCCAGAAAAUAACUAGCUGGCACAAUGCAACAAAACGCAUAUACGUGCAUGUUGGAUCGAGCCAUCUGGUAGAUGUCCAGCUUGCCGGUGUGAAUUGUAGUACAGCACGUUUUAACUUUCCAGUUGUACUCUCGAUGUCCCUUAUACUGACCCACUUGUACUCGCGCAUCUCGAGGAUUGAGCAGAUUUUUAAACCGACCCAGAUGCCUGUUGAUUUAAUUGAUUGAGUUAAUUGAAUUUCCUCUGCUCCCUUCCGAUAUUUUCACAGCUAGUAACCACCUGGACUCAUUAUUAUGUUGAAUAAUUAAGUUAAUUACCAAGAGCGUUGCAGACAAGAACGUCUAGCACGACAGCAUCCCACCAGCACUCGAUGAAAUUCGGUAGUAAAUGUGCAAAAGCCAUCUCGGUGAGUUCCCACAUGAUGCUGGUGGCCCAGAGCAAGCCCAGGUGUCUAAUCAACACUGCCUUGAAUGUCCACCCAAGGAAAUGAGCGACAGCAAAAAUAUCCAUGUGAUUCCAGAUCUUCUCCACAGUUAUAUCCGAACAGUUGACCCCGUACUCCUUGUCCAUGUCUAUGUGGAAAGCUGACAACUUGGGAUCUACCCACACCAGGAUGUUUCGUACAGUAUCGUAACUCUGGAAGAGCAUGAAGAGCAGCAUCAUGAGGUACAGGACACUGCAGCCGAAGACUAUCCUCCAGACUGCUGGAUGGGGACGUGUGAAAGGACCAUUUGGAAAUGUUAAGACUGAUAUUAUCAGGAAGAAGAAAAUCACGCAGUAGAUUCCUGCCCAGAUGUUGUCGUUCUCCACUGUCACGUCUCUG